AGUCUUAAAUCUGGUUUAUUAUGUCAGCAUCACAGUAUAGAGUGUUCACACAUUAUUUUCUUUUAAGCAAUUAUAUUCACGGUUUCCAUUUUUAAUGAUGAACCGGAUGUGUACUAGAUCGUUUUGGCCUCUGCUCCUAUUGAAGUAGAACUGAUUAAACUAUACGUUUGUUAGCAAACUAAGCAUAAUGCCACUACUAGCAACCCAACGAAUUAACGUUAACUGAUGGUUGAAUUUACCCGUGUGUUAUUAAUCAGCUUUAAACACAGUUUACUAGUUAUAUAACAUUUCCAUCAGCAAUACAGUUCGACACCGUGAACUUUAUUAUAGGUUGUUUUGUUUGCCAAAUAAUCUGUUACACUUCGAAAUUUCUACUUUUUUAUGAGCAAGCUAUAUUGAAAUUAUUAGCAUGUGAGCUAGCCGGGCAGAUCAUGUACUGUAGUUUGUCUGGCUAGGUGACUGGCUGAAACCAUACGUGUCUUGCUGAAACGUGAAAGCGUAUUCAUAUUUAACUUGAUGAAGAAGGUCAUUUUGUGUCAUUGGAAUAAUUUAAAAUACGGAAUGGGGUGGAAUUGUGGAAUGUUUAGUUAUGACUUAUGUGCCCUGUUUUGAAUCUGUUUACUAGCUUGCUACUCUUUUGUUUAUGCUGGCUAAUUUAUCCAGCUGUUGGUACAACUUAACGUCAGCGUGUCUAGUCUCGGUCUUGACUAUAGUAGCAUUGAGCUAGCUAAAUUAAUAGUAUAGAAAAGAAAAACACUAAUAAUUAACUCUAGUCUAGCUGCAGAUUAGCAAGCUAGUAAACGUUAAUGCAUACUGUACACCACUGUUCCACAAUUCCUCGUUGUCCCACGAUGCAUUACGGUCACAUUUGGUAAGGAUUUGUAAAGGAAAAAAAGGAUAAACACGUAAGAACAAUCAAGCAUGGACCAUAUAAUGAAGGGCAGCCCCCCCGCCCUGGACCCGGAGCUCGCGCUCGGCGCCCGGCAGCCGCGGGGCUCCCUCCCCGCGCCGCAGCACCUGGUGGUAGCGGCCCGCGGCUCGGCGCUGCUGCACGACGCCAAGCCCGGCAUGGACAUGCAGCAGUCGGCGGCCCCCGUCCCCCCCGUCCACCCCGACGUCCAGAUGAAGCCCCUCCCCUUCUACGACGUCCUGGACGUCCUGAUCAAGCCUUCGAGCCUGGGGGCCAGUAGUAUCCAGCGCUUUCAGGAGAAGCACUUCAUCUUCGCCCUGACCCCACAACAGGUCAGAGAAGUCUGCAUUUCCAGGGAUUUCCUCCCAGGUGGCAGAAGAGACUACAUGGUCCAGAUUCAGCUGAGGUUUUGCCUUGCAGAGACCAGUUGCCUUCAAGAAGACAAUUACCCCAACAGUUUGUGCAUUAAAGUGAACGGGAAGCUUUUCCCUCUGCCGGGUUAUGCUCCACCUCCAAAGAACGGAGUGGAACAGAAGCGACCGGGCAGGCCUCUCAACAUCACUUCCCUGGUCAGGUUAUCCUCUGCUGUGCCCAAUCAGAUUUCAAUCACGUGGGCCCCUGAAAUUGGAAAGACGUACUCCAUUUCUGUGUACCUGGUGCGGCAGCUUACGUCUUCGCUCCUGCUGCAGAGGUUGAAAAUGAAGGGCAUCCGGAACCCCGAUCACUCAAGGGCACUAAUAAAAGAAAAGCUGACCGCAGACCCCGACAGUGAGGUAGCCACAACCAGUUUACGGGUCUCUCUUAUGUGUCCGCUGGGUAAAAUGCGGCUGACGGUGCCGUGUCGAGCGGCCACCUGCUCGCACCUCCAGUGCUUCGACGCGGCGCUCUACCUGCAGAUGAACGAGAAGAAGCCCACCUGGAUCUGCCCCGUCUGCGACAAGAAGGCCGCCUACGAGACGCUCAUCAUCGACGGGCUCUUCAUGGAGAUCCUCAACAGCUGCUCGGACUUCGACGAGAUCAAGUUCCAAGAAGACGGGUCCUGGUGCUCCAUGAAACCCAAGAAGGAGGCCCUGAAGGUGUCGUCGCAUUGUAUCCCGAAAGUGGAAAGCUCCAGUCUGGUCAGACAGUGUGCCGUGGUACCCCCCAGCGAGCCCAGCAGUGCCAAGAAGCCCGACAUCAUCGACCUCACUCUGGAGAGCUCUUCCGAGGAAGAGCCAGAGGAGGAAGACCCCCCACUCAAGAAGAGGUGCCUCUACAUGGCGAAGCCUGAGGAGAUUCAUGGGAAGGGGGUUUUGACCUACCAGCCAUCAACGAUGCGAGUGCCAAACAUCCAGACCUUGGACACGUCCUACCUAGCGUCCUCACUGGCCGAAUACGCAGUUCCAUUCCACCACUCUACCUUAUCCACAAUUCCUGCAGACAUGCAAAAUUUUUUCUCGUUAUUUCAAGGAGACCCACAGCAGCACUACCGCACACCGGUGUCUCUGGCCCCGCCCACCCUGCUGAGCCCCGCCUCCGGCGGAACCCUCAUGCCCGCCUCGAGCCAGUACGACGGCCCCGCCCACAGCACCAGCUCCUCCCACAGCGAGACCGGGGUCAUCACAGGAGGAUGCGGGACCAGCAUCUCUGACAUCAUCUCCCUGGACUAAGCCAUGCCCAUGCCCACGAAAGAUGGUUAUUUUAUAUUUAAAAAUAAUAAUUGUGUACAUUGCCUUUUCACUGAAAUGAAAUUUCCAGGAGUUGGGUAAAGGAGGACAGCCUGUGGCCUGUUGAAUGUUGAGCAGUUGUGUGUAAAUGUAUUUUCUUUCGACGGUCGGUUCUCAGAACGUGUGACGCAAGCACUCGGGGAGCCAGCUCAACUUCGACGUGAUAUUAACCGAUUAAUACGAUGCAACUUUCGUUUCUCUUUGUCUAGGCCAAGUCUGUUAUAUAGCAAUAAAAUGAGCUUCCCGGACACGCGUGGCACACGUGUGUUGGGGGGGGAAAGGCCUCUCUGUCUGCCUGAGGUCAUCUGCAGAGAAAAGUUGUCGGUUGCUUGGAUUGUACCAGCAGUUCAGCUCUUUGCACUUAUAUGGUUGUUUGUUUGUUUGUUUGUUUGUAAUGGGUAUUACCGCAUUGUGUCAGCAGUUAAUUUUAUAAAGGGACUUCAAGGACUGGACUUGUCUGUCCUCCAGUGGAUUAAACAUUUUCCCAGUUAAUAGAAA